UAUCUUAGAUUUUAUCCAUUUAACAAUAUUUUGGGCUUCAUAAAUUAUUUUAAUUUAGAGCCCACUAUUUUAUUUAAUUGGGCUGCAAAUUUUUUUGUGUCUACAAAUGCUCCCUCAAGACUUAAGUUAUCAAAGACUAGAUAAUUUAAGUCUUGAAUUAUCUAAUAAAAUUUGCUUUAUAUAAUCACAAUUUGAUUUGUAUUUGAUAACUUAUAACUAAUCUCACUUGAUAUAGGAGAGUUAGACUUAUAUAAAGCCAACAUGUGCUAUAGAGUUUGUAUACUCACUCUUUCAACAUCACGCAUAAAAGAUAUGGCCUCCCGCAAACCGUGUUCAGCCCCGAAGACGGAUUCUGAGAGUAGCUCAAACUCGAAUCCACAAUGGAUUACAGAAUCUAGUAAUCCCAAAUUUAAAGGGAAAACAAUUCGUUUUCCGAUGGCUUUUGUUGGACUUCACUCUUCUACAGGCAUGCAGGGUCAUCUUAAAUUUCACGUCAAUAGUGCAAUGACUGGCCGUUUUGCUAUCCCCGGUGUCAAUCGAUUUCAAGGUUUGGAUAUGUCUUUAAUUAGCAGAUCCAAGGAAUUGGCAUCCACGGAUGCCCGUCGUCUUGGCCUACCUUACUUGUGUAUUGCACCACAUCAUAAUGAGGAUGACUUCAUCCCACGACCUUUGAUUGCCGAGAAUAUUGGGAACAAAUUUAUUAGAUGGGGGACAUCUUUGAAUCCCAGAGGAGAGAUUUCAUAUCUAAAUGGCUUUUGGGAGUGGUCCAGACGGGUUGCUGGACUCCUUAAGGAUAGAGGCUUGGAAGAUUUAUCAUUAGCAGUCCAAGCAGCAACGAUGGAAUAUCAUCGUCCCCCUUCAGCAUAUCGGGCUUUAUGUGAGGUAUGGUGUCCUGAAACCAGUACCUUUGUGACGAGGCAUGGAGAAAUUGGCAUUUCUCUUUGGGAAAUGCGAGAUAUUUCCGGAUUGUCUAUACUUGGUGAUUAUUAUGAAGAGGUUAUUCCGAGUUUUAGGGAACUCACUGAUGGAAAAUCUCUUCCAGAUUCUUGUCUUCAUCUCUUUAAGGCUUUUCAACAUAUAGCCGGAGAAAAGGUUAUUGAUCGAAUCAAGCAUGCAGAUUGGCUCAAUUUUUGGCUUAAUGGGGGUUUCUCGGAAACCCAAUCCUCGAGGAGACUCGAAAUAUAA